AUGGCGGGCAAGGUUGAUGAACCCGUCGGCCGGCCUGAGGACCAUCGAGGCUGUCCGUCCCAUCCUCAGGAAGUGGAUGAAUCUGAGAAAGCCACUGACGUACCGCAUGACACAGAUACUGUCCGGACACGGCUGCUUCGGGCGGGUGGUGCAAGUUUAAUUUCGCUACAAACCAUCAAAACAAUGGCAUCAUCUUCAUUGGCGGAUGUGCCUACAGUAGAUAUAGAUCCAUCUGGGGUAUUUAAAUAUCUGCUGAUUAAAUUAUAUGAUAGAAAACAAAGUGAAGAAAACUUUGUAUACAUUGUUCGCGGUUACUGCAGAUGCAUUUACCAUUCAGACGUAUAUGUGGAGGUACAAGAAAAACUGCAUCCAUUAGAUUGUGACAUAGUGGGCGGGGGUAGUAUAUCACAUGAACCGAGUUUAAAGAAGAUUCGCAUCUAUGGUCAUGCACACGGCUAUGGCAAAGCAGACCAUGAAAUAACAGCCAAACUUAUCAAAGCUGCAUUCCCUAACUAUAAAAUCACAAUUAGUGAUAAGGCAUAUUAA